UCCUAGAGUACCCCGCGCCGCCGGGACGCAGCGCGCCUGCGGGGCUGGGCGAGCGCAAAGAUGUCCGCGCCCGCUGCUGGGAGGCGAGGUGAGAGUCUUUGAUCAUAACCAGGAGCCCGGAGCUGAGGCAGUUCCUGCACGUGUCGCGGGGCCGGAAAGCUAGGGCCAGGCCACCUCGGGAUAUCCCGGAGCCUCGGGGGAGGCGGUCACUCCGACGUCUGAGGACCUGGGCCUUGGGCCCGGACUCGUUAUGAAGAGCGAUUCCUCGACCUCUGCAGCCCCCUUCAGGGGGCUCGGGGGACCCCUGCGCAGCAGCGAGCCGGUGCGCGCCGUCCCGGCCCGGGCGCCGGCCGUGGACCUUUUGGAGGAGGCGGCCGACCUCCUGGUGGUGCACCUGGACUUCCGGGCGGCGCUGGAGACCUGCGAGCGGGCCUGGCAGAGUCUGGCCAACCACGCCGUGGCAGAGGAACCCGCGGGCACCUCCUUGGAGGUGAAGUGCUCCCUGUGUGUUGUGGGGAUCCAGGCCCUGGCAGAAAUGGAUCGGUGGCAAGAAGUCCUCUCCUGGGUCCUUCAGUAUUACCAGGUCCCUGAAAAGCUACCCCCCAAAGUCCUGGAGCUGUGCAUUCUUUUAUACAGCAAAAUGCAAGAGCCUGGAGCUGUGCUGGAUGUGGUGGGUGCCUGGCUCCAAGACCCAGCCAACCAAAACCUUCCAGAAUAUGGAGCUUUGGCAGAAUUUCACGUGCAGCAGGUGCUGCUGCCUCUGGGCUGCUUAUCGGAGGCUGAGGAGCUAGUGGUGGGCUCUGAAGCCUUUGGUGAGGAGCGGCGACUGGAUGUACUUCAGGCCAUUCACACAGCGAGGCAGCAGCAGAAACAGGAACACUCAGGCUCUGAGGAGGCCCAGAAGCCAAACCAGGAAGCCUCUGUCUCCCACAAGUUCCUGUCACUACCGAUGUUGGUUCGCCAGCUUUGGGACUCUGCGGUGAGCCACUUCUUUUCUCUGCCCUUCAAAAAGAGCCUCCUGGCUGCCUUGAUCCUCUGUCUCCUGGUGGUGAGGUUUGAUCCAGCUUCCCCUUCCUUCCUGCCCUUCCUCUACAAGCUGGCCCAGCUCUUCCGCUGGAUCCGGAAGUCUGCAUUUUCUCACCUCUACCAGCUCCGCAUCCGUGACUGAGGGUCCCUGUGCACCACAGCCUCUCUGCUCCUCACGUCUGUGGCCACAGAAGCAGAGCGACAGAGCGACACAUCCGCAGGCGCCCCUGGGGAAAUGGGACCAGCCUAAUCUCAUGGAGUGCACUGUGUCUUGCUGCCUGGGUGCCCUCUCCUUUGCACCCUACUUCGGCUGGUUGUGGUAGAUGAUGUGGAAACAAAGCGGGAGCAGCAGGCACAGCACCUCCGGAACAGUGCCCUGGACGACCAGAGGCCCCUUGAAAAGGAGGGGUUUGGGGACAGGGACUGUGUCCAUGAAACAUUCCAUCUUCUUGGUGAAGGCAAGGGGUUGGUUCUUCAGGUCAGGAUGUUAAUGGAGCUGGAAGUUCAGAAAAAGCCUGGUGAAGUGACCCUUGGCCUUUCACUUCUUGAGAAACAUACUUCUUUGCUGGGCAUGGUGACUCACGCCUGUAAUCCCAGCACUUUGGGAGGGUGAGGUGGGUGGAUCACUUGAGAACAGGAGUUCAAAACCUGCCUGGCCAUCAUGGUGAAACCCCGUCUCUACUAAAAAUACAAAAAUUAGCUAGAUGUGGUGCACGCCUGUAGUCCUAGCUACUCGGGAGGCUGAGGCACAAGAAUCACUUGAGCCGGGGAGGCAAAGGUUGCAGUGAGCCGAGAUUGUGCCACCGCACUCUCUCAAAACAAACAAAAAAACAUGCCCCACAGGACAGUACCUUAAUUAGCUAGAGUAGAUCUGAGAGGGCCUCUUCUUGCCUGCGCUGUGCUCCCCAGAGCUGAUCUAAUUCUGUGUCAAUACGCUGUUCCCAUGGUCUUGCCAUGCGCUUGAAGCCGCGGGAGCCUUCUCACUGUUCAGGCUGGGGUGUGGUUUUCAGAACCACCGGGUUGACUACUGAAAACCAAGUGAGCCUUACAGCUCUUAUCGCCGGGUAAAGUGAUCUUGCCUGGUGCCUCUUGGUCUUCAGCUCAAUUUUCCAGGUUGUCCUGGCCAAGCCUUGCUCUGUUACGCUCAGUGCCUCUGCCCACUCUUUCCCCGCCAGCCCCUCCCUCCCGCCCUGCAAACUUGUCCAUUGGCUGUUUCACCAGGUUCUGUCUGUAUCCUUGCCUCCUUGGUACACACCAUUGCAGGUUCUUCCCUUUCUGUGUCCUAUUGUCCUAGUUAUGUUCUGUUGUUUGUGUAAUGCCCAAAUUUUUCUGCUCGUGUGGCCUUGAAAAGUAGGCCAGCCUCAGAGGCUGCUGAGCUGAAAAUGGAACUGAGUAAUCAGGUGAGCUGGAAGGGAUGUGGGGGGCGGGGCAGAGGGGAGACAUGGGUUUUGAAGGCAGUGAACAAUAAAACAGGGAGGUGGCACUGAGGCCUUAGCAUUUGAGGAGCUGAAAUGUUUCAGUGUUGUUUUCUCACCAGCCACAAGCAUCUUAUGAGUUUUUGUGCAAGGAAGCGUAGAGCACUGCUGUGCUGUCAGGAUGAAGAAGGACUUUCUGCAGGAGCUGGCCUUUCUCUACCCAGAGGCCAAGCAGUCUGCCCUGCACUGUGUCCUUGGUUGGUGUUGAUGCCAAAAAUAGAGAAGGUGCUUGCUAGCUUUUCCUUGGUACAUUUUCAGGGGUUGCAAGUCAACAACUUUUUUUUCUUUCUUUUUUUUUUUUUUUUGAGAUGGAGUCUCGCUCUGUCACCCAGGCUGGAGUGCAGUGGCGUGACCUCAGCUCACUGCAAGCUCCGCCUCCCGGGUUCACGCCAUUCUCCUGCCUCAGCCUCCCGAGUGGCUGGGACUACAGGUGCCCGCCACCUCGCCCGGCUAAUUUUUUGUAUUUUUAGUAGAGACGGGGUUUCACCGUGUUAGCCAGGAUGGUCUUGAUCUCCUGACCUUGUGAUCCACCUACCUCGGCCUCCCAAAGUGCUGGGAUUACAGGUAUGAGCCACCGCACCUGGCCAACUUUUCUUUAGAAAAAUGAGUAAAGUAGGUAAACUUCACAGGCCCCGUAGAAUUAAAUCCUUAGGGCAUGGUUCAAGUCUGUAGGAAGCAAAUCUAUGCUUUUUUAUAUGGGCUUUUAAGUAGAGCUUAGAACCCUAGGGGGAGAAAGGCAGUCAGGCGAGGUUUGAGAUUCCUUCUAUAGAAUGAUUUCUUAAAAUGAAAAUCUGGGCCCACUUACUACCCUAGAUAAAACGCUUCAAUGGCUUCCCAUGGCUCAUUGGAUAACAUCUAAAUUCUUCAUGGAAUUGAAGGCCUCUGUGUGCUGGUUUUGGCUAACACCUCCCCUUUGAUGUGGCGCCCCUGUUGAUUAUAUGUGCGGCCUUCCAGCUGCCCACCAUCACAGCUACAGCACACUCCCCUUGGCCUCUGUGCCGUGGCUCACACUGUUCCUACUGAAGGCCUAGCACCUGUUCUUGGCCUGGUGAGCCCCUCCACCUUCCAGGCUUACUCAAAGAAUUCUUUCUGCCCCUCCCUGCAUCCCAGGACCUGUUUCAUAUCCCUUCUGUGGUCGUGACCCCAUGGUCUCGUAAUUGUGAACUUCUUUGCUGCCCCUUCAAAGCUGGGGAGUGCUUGUUGCAGCUGCAUCCAAGAGGGGUAAUCUGCUUAUCAACAGUGGAUUUGUUGGUUGUUUCUACAGGGUUCUGAAGCAUGCAACAUAGAACAGAUACCUUUAAAUUUAGGGGCGCUAAGGAAAGCAGGAACCAGUAAUCCUUUUCUGUGGUCUGAUGGGAGGGUGGGGUGGGGGGUGGAAUGGAGAGGAAACAGGCUAUUGUUGGCCAGCCCUGGGUGGAGGUGGGUGCAAGCAGGACAGAUAGUGCCUGGGGGCGGGGGCGGAGGGUUUGCCUCUAGAAAGGGGCUGGAAGGGAUGAGGAAGUAGUUCAUAGCUUCAUGCAGGUGAUCCCUGUUCUGCAUGUAUGUGUUUGCACAUGAGUGUAUGUAGAACAGAGACCAUUAAAAAAUAUGGAAUUCAAAAGUUACAAAAAGGGUAUUCAUGGAAAAGAAAGUUUUUUUUUUUAGUCUUGCUAUGUUGCCCAGGCUGGACCUGAACUCCUGGGCUUGAGCAAGUCUCCCCCUCAGCCUCUGGAGUAGCUGGGCCUACAGUGUGUGCUGCCACACCCAGCUAAUAAAAUCUUUCUACUCCCGCUCUCUGUUCCCCAGUUUCUUGCCCAGAGGCAACCCUUGCCAGUCUGUUUAUCCCUCCAGAUACAGUCUCUGAUAGUAAACUUUUCUUUCUCGUACACAAAUGAUAGUAGUCACAUACACUACACACACUGUGCCACAUUUUUUUUUUUUUUAAACUCGGCUGGGCGCGGUGGCUCACGCCUGUAAUCCCAGCACUUUGGGAGGCCGAGAUGGGUGAAUCACCUGAGGUCAGGAGUUCGAGAUCAGCAUGGCCAACAUGGUGAAACCCCAUCUCUACUAAAAAUACAAAAAAAAUGAUCCGGGUGUAGUGGUGGGCACCUGUAAUCCCAGCUACUCAGGAGGCUGAGGCAGGAGAACGACUUGAACCCGGGAGGCAAGGGUUGCAGUGAGCCGAGAUUGCGCCAUUGCACUCCCACCUGGGCAACAAAGAGUGAAAUUUGGUCUCAGAAACGAAACAAAACACAAAAACCUUUCUCAGUCCCAGCAUAUGUGGAGCAGCCUCAUUCUUAUAGCUGUGUGUCAUUCCGUUGCAUGAUGGGGUCACAGAGCACAGACCUGGUGCCCUUUUCCUUUUUAAUACGUGGAAACCCCUCCACUCUUUCCAAAGCCUACAAGUACAGCAGCCCCAAGUUUAGGGUGAACAGCAGUGGUCAGAGCUCUUUACUAUUACUUUUGGGCAAACACAAGCCAGGCUGGCAACCACCACUGCCGCCAAGGGGAGAUACGAGCAGGUCAGUUCACACUCUGGACGUUCAGUGUCUUUCUAAAUCUAGAAGGUGGCCUCUGCCAUCCACUUAAAGCAGCCCAAGGAAAUGUCAGAAAGAGAAAGUGAUGACAUGAACCGCGAGUAGGGCACCUCCCUGUGCCGUCGUCUGCUUUCCUCCCUCCCAGCCUCCCUGUGCCGUCGUCUGUUUCCCUCCCUCCCAGCCUCCCUGUGCCGUCGUCUGCUUUCCUCCCUCCCGGCACGGAAAAGCCAUGGGGCCGAUGGACUUUGGCCUCGCACCCACAGUUGGGGCCUGUGGGAAUUCUACUGAUUUACUCUCUGGCCUAGUCAAGCAACCCACCCACGGCCUGGCCAAGGUCGGCCUCACCGCCCUGGCCUAGCACCUUUGGAAACUGAAUACAUGGAGUGUUAACCAGAAAAAUGUCUGGCCCUUUUGCCUCGCUGCCUCUGGAAACCUCAGUGUUUCGGGCUGGUAGGAGGCUACAGGACAGACAGUGGGCACGGUGCCUAGCAGCCUGUCACGCCCCCGCCCGCCUCUGCAUUCCUCCAGCGGUGGUAUAUGGAUCCAGACAUUGUUUGCCACCUCUAGGCCUCUUGAUAAAACAGCAAAUAUUUUUCUUGUCUUAAAGCAAUGCAUGUAUAUUUUAGAAAAUAUUAAUUGCAUAGAAGGAAAUACAGGACUCGUGAUCCCAUCACUCAGAAAUAAUUACUAUUAAUACUGGUGGAUUUUCUUUCAGCUUUUUUCUCCUAAUUAAUUAAUUCUUUUUUUCCUGCAAUUCCUGCUUCACAGACUUUUUUUUUUUUUUUUAACACCCAGCUUGGCAUGGUGGCUCACGCCUAUAAUCCCAGCGCUUUGGAAGGCCAGAGUGGGAGGAUUGCUUGAGCCUAGGAGUUCAAAGCUUGCCUGGGCAACCUAGUGGGACCCCAUUUCUUUUUUUGGGGGGGUUAGAAAAGCCCUUUUAUAAAGCCAUUUUUAAACAACAACAACAACAAAAAAGUUUACAAAAGAAAAAAAGAUACAGAAAAAGAAUCACUUGCUUCAUGUGUCCCAAAAAGAGAAAAAAAUAAACGGGACAAUGCCAACAUGCUCAACAAUAAAGGGUUCUUUUUCUUACUUUUUUAAUACAAAAUACAAGCAAAGGAUACACAUACUUAAAACAGAGCUCAGGAGCAGACACGCAGUUCUGGGAACCCUUCAAUAAGAGCAAAGCAGGAGUUUGUUUUUUCUUUGUCUGUGCAGAUACAUACAGAGACUGGGAUAUGUAAAAAUUAAGUAUGACAAAAGACCAUCACACAAUUCUACCGAUGCAUGUUGCAUCUAUAAUUCACGAACAUGGUCAACAAAAUCAUGUUCACUUCAACCCCAUUUCAUUUAAAGAAAAAAACCUGGCCGGGCACGGUGGCUCACGCCUGUAAUCCCAGCACCUUGGGAGGCUGAGGCGGGUGGAUCUGAGGUCAGGAGAUCGAGACCAUCCUGGCUAACACGGUGAAACCCCAUCUCUACUAAAAAAAAAAUACAAAAAAUUAGCCGGGUAUAGUGGCGGGCGCCUGUAGUCCCAGCCACUCGGGAGGCUCAGGCAGGAGAAUGGCGUGAACCCGGGAGGUGGAGCUUGCAAUGAGCCUAGAUUGCACCACUGCACUCCAACCUGGGCGACAGAGCGAGACUCCAUCUCAGAAAAAAAAAAAGAAAAAAACCUUUUAAAUAAAGUGGUUACAUUCUAACUUUAACUUUCUUAGUAUCAUGCUGCAGAUUUCAGCACUGUUAAGGUAUUGCAAGAAUGCCCAACCCUCUGGUGUCUGAUCCUGUAUCUAGCAACAUUGCAGUAUGAAGAAAAGAGAUGUCCCGGGUGCAACCCCAUUUCUAUUAAAAAUAAAUGUAAACACCCAACCCUCUUGGCACCCCAGGCACUUGAGAAUCUGUGGAAAAUGGCAGUGUGCAGCCAGCAUGGCUGCCAGCUCGGCAUCUUCAGUAGAGAGAGUGGAGGUGGUUAGGAAAGGGCAGGCGGGAAGGGGCCGUGUUGGCCGGACAACUGCAGGUGAAGAUGGGAUUGCGAAGUACAGUCCAAGGCCCACUCACCAAGGGCUGGAUCCAAAUAUGUAGGGUUGGGAUUCUGUGACCUACUUCCAAUUUUAAUAUUGACCUGAGCUCAUAUUUAGCUCUACAUGUUUCCCAGCUCAUAUUUUCCAACAGCCCCUUUGAAACUUUUAGCAUCCUCUUGUCACUUUUGUACUAUCCAAGGUGGGACAGACAGGUGUCAGAUAAUAGCAGAGACUUGGUGAAGAAAUGAAAGCACUUUUGUAGAAGUGUGUCAGCUCAGAAAAAAGCCUUUUUUUUUUUUUUUUUUUUUUUUUUUUGAGAUGGAGUCUCACUCUGUCACCCAGGCUGGAAUGCAGUGGCGUGAUCUCAGCUCACUGCAAGCUCUGCCUCCUGGGUUCACGCCAUUCUCCUGCCUCAGCCUCCCGAGUGGCUGGGACUACAGGUGCCCGCCACCACUCAUGGCUAAUUUUUUGGUAUUUUUAGUAGAGACUGGGUUUCACUGUGUUAGCCAGGAUGGUCUCGAUCUUCUGACCUCGUGAUCCACCCACCUUGGCCUCCCACAGUGCUGGGAUUACAAGCGUGAGCCACCGCGCCCGGAGAGAAAAAAGCCUCUUUAAUGACGACCUCAACAUAAUUUACAUGGAGAAGUUUCUUAGGUGGAAAACCGAUUUGUAUGGUCCUUAGAAUGUAACCUACAGGUUCUUGCCCUCAGAAAAAUGCAUGCAUACUUUUAUGUCACAGGCUUAUUUUCCAAAUGCAGUAGAGGGCCAUCCCUUCUUUGGCUUCUUGCCUUGUCUCUGACCCCACUGACUGCCCCUUUUCUGCCUCCAUAGCUAGUUGCUCUUUUUCCUUUGGCUUUUUUUUUCUUUUCUUUUCUUUUUUUUUUUUUUUUUGAGAUGUAAUCUUGCUCUUGUCACCUAGGCUGGAGUGCAGUGGUGCAAUCUCGGCUCACUGCACCCUCCUCCUCCUGGGUUCAAGCCAAUGAGGUAGAUAUUAUCAUUUUAGGAUAGCAAAGCAGACUCAGAGGGGCUAAUGUGCCCAGUGCCCCACCGCUUUUAAAUGGUAGAGCUGGGAUUUGAACCUAGGCAUACAGGUACCAGGAUUUCUGUUCUUAUCUCCCCCAUAGCACCUGGAAUGAGGCCAUCCAUGUAAGAGGCCAAGUAAUAAAGAUUUAUUGAAUGAACUUGGAUUUUGGCCUUAGGAAUUAGGGAAGGAAGAAAUAGAAGCAGCAAGAGUUGGUGAGCAAUAAGACCCGCACCAGGGCUGAAGGGUGGAGGUGGGGCAGGGGAGGGCUCUGUGCUUUGGCAUCUGUUUAGUAGUAUCAUUGCCCAGCUCCCUCCAGAGAAAGAGCAGGAGGUGUUCCUUCUCAGAUGUACCAGCAAUGACAGAGCCUGGCGGGUGUCCUCCUGGGUAGGUAUAAAUACAAGCUGGUAGUUUCAUUGGAUGACUCACACAGAUAAGCCAUGCUCUUGGUUACCAGUGGACUUAGCUGGGUCCCAAGGAAUGGGCUGCUUUCUCUGGAAAGCUGGGGAGCUGGUAAAAUUUUUUGGUCACCCCACCAGAGGCAUCCUACCCAUUCCCAGUCCCUCUGUGGGCUCUGACAUCUCCAUCCAGCAGGCACCCCCUGCUCUGGAACAUUCUGGGAAUGCUUCCCACUCCCCUUUUAGUACUUGUUUGUGUUCUGUCCUGUUCGUGGAUUUCAUGGUCUCCAUAGUGACAAGUGCCUGUUUUCGGAGGUGCUAAAGACAGUGGCCAAAACAUGUGCUCUAUUAAUCCUCCCAGGAAACAUACCAUUUUGCAAAAGGCUUUUUUUUUUUUUUCUUUUUUUUGAGAAACAAGGCCUAACCCCAAUGGAGUAAUUUGCUGCAUAAAUGAGAGACGUUGUGGGAUUGUGGUUAAGAGUGUGGGUCCUGGACCCAUAAUGCCCAAGUUUGUAUCUUUUUUUUUUUUUUUGAGACAGAGUCUCACUGUCAUCCAGGCUGCAGUGCAGUGGCGCGAUCUCGAUACACUGCAACAUCCACUUCCUAGGUUCAAGCGAUUCUCUUGCCUCAGCCUUCCGAGUAGCUGGAACUACAGGCACACGCCACCACGCCUGGCUAAUUUUUGAAUUUUUAGUAGAGAUGGGGUUUUACUGUGUUGGCCAGGCUGGUCUCGAACUCUUGACCUCAAGUGAUCUGCAUGCCUCAGCCUCCCAAAGUGUUGGGAAUACAGGCAUGAGCCAGCAUACCCGGCCUGAGUUUGUAUCUUGACUCACCUGCUUUGACCUUCAAAUAAUCAUUCCUGUGCCUCAGUUACUUCAUAGGUUUGUUGUGAGGAUUAAAUGGUGCUAAUCCAUGUAAAACACUGAAAAGGUGCAUAGCAUGUAGUGAGCAGGUGCUAGUUAUUAUUACUGUUGCUCUUAAUUAAGUGAGAUAAGGAGGGGAGAGUUGGAGUGGUAGAACCCAGCAUCUUGUGAACAUCAUACCACAGAAAAGGCAGUGCUUCUGAUUCCUGUUCUCAGCCAAGGAACUAGGCUUUGCAAAUGGCUCUGAGUUUUUUUUUUUUGUUUUUUUGAGAUGGAGUCUCACUCUGUCGCCCAGGCUGGAAUGCAGUGGCGUGAUCUCAGCUCACUGCAAGCCCCGCCUCCCAGGUUCACGCCACUCUUCUACCUCAGCCUCCCGAAUAGCUGGGACUACAGGCGUCCGCCACCACACCCAGCUAAUUUUUUGUAUUUUUAGUAGAGAUGGGGUUUCACCGUGUUAGUCAGGAGGGUCUUGAUCUCCUGACCUUGUGAUCCGCCCACCUCGGCCUCCCAAAGUGCUGGGAUUACAGGCGUGAGCCACCGUGCCUGGCCGGCUCUGAUUUCUUAAAGAAGUGCUAAGCCUUUUAUAUGUUCAUUUAAGACCAUGUUUAAUUUUCUAAAUAUGCAAUACAUUCAUAGGGUUUUUAAAAAGGCUUGAAAAAGUCUAGUGUGAAAGCCGUCUGUAUUAGUCCAUUUUCACACUGCUUUAGAGAAGUACCAGAGACUGGGUAAUUGUUGAAGAAAAGAGGUUUAACUGACGCACAGUUCUGCGUGGCUGUGAGGCCUCAGGAAACAAGCAGUCAUAGUGGAAGGCAAAGGGGAAGCAAGGCACAUCUUCCAUGGUGGCAGCAGAGAGAGUGAGGGGGAAUGCCACACUUUAAAACCAUCAGAACUCGUGAGAACUGACUCACUAUCACAAGAACAACAUGGGAGAAACUGUUCCUGUGAUCCAGUCACCUCCCACCAGGUCCCUCCUCUGACGUGGGGAUUACAAUUUGAGAUGAGAUUUGAGUGGGGACACAGAGCCAAACCAUAUCACCUCCCAUCUCUUCAUUUAGCAAGUUCACCUACCCCAAUGGCAGCCAUGGCCGUUAGUUUUGUUUUUUGUUUUUUUUUUUUGAGACAGAGUCUCACUCUGUCGCCCAGGCUAGAGUGCAGUGGUGUGAUCUCGGCUCACUGCAAGCUCCGCCUCCCAGGUUCACGCCAUUCUCCUGCCUCAGCCUCCCGAGUGGCUGGGACUACAGGCUCCCGCCACCAUGCCCUGCUAAUUUUUUGUAUUUGUAGUAGAGACGGGGUUUCACCAUGUUAGCCAGGAUGGUCUCGAUCUCCUGACCUUGUGAUCCACCUGCCUCGGUCUCCCAAAGUGCUGGGAUUACAGGCGUGAGCCACCGCACCCGGCCACGGCCAUUAGUUUUAAAUUUACUCUUCCAGAGGUUUUUUCCACCAAUACAAAACCAACAUGGAUAUAGAUCCUAGUUUCUUCUCUUUUUUAUAAAAAAAAAAACUGUAGUAUAUUAUGUAGUCUGUUUUAUUCCUUCCUUUUUUUUUUCUUAUAAAAAAUACAGAGAUGAGGUCUUACUACACUGACCAGGCUGGUGUUGAACUUGCCUCAAGUGAUCCUCCCAUCUUGACCUCCCAAAGUGCUGGGAUUAUAGGCAUAAGCCACCACACCCAGAUGAUUUUUUUUAUUUUUCAAAGAAGUGGCAAGAUUUUGAUGACAAUAAAGGACAAUAUGUAAUUAAUGUAAUUAUAAUACAGCCUUCUGGAGGCCAGGUGCAGUGACCCAUGCCCGUAAUCCCACCACUUUGGGUGGCCAAGGCAGGUGGAUCAUGAGGCCAGGAGUUUGAGACCAGCCUGGCCAACAUGAUGAAACCCCAUCUCUAUUCAAAAAAUCUAAAAAUUAGCUGGGUGUGGUGGUGUGCACUUGUAAUCCCAGCUACUUGGGAGGCUGAGGCACAAGAAUCGCUUGAACCCAGGAGGCGGAGGUUGCAGUGGGCCGAGAUCGAGCCACUGCACUCCAGCCUGGGCAACAGAGCGAGACUCUGUCUCACACCUACACACACACAAAAAGUAUAAAUAUAUAGCUUUCUAGAUAAAGGAUCGGACUGGUUUUGGUUCUGGCUCUGUUACUAAUUUGCCCUAUAACUUUGCAUAAGUCAUUUAAUCUUGGGUCCAAUUUUUCUCACCUCCAAGAUGGGGACAAAAAUUACCUUCCUUGGCUGGGUGCGAUGGCUCAUGCCUGCAAUCCCAGCACUUUGCGAGGCCAAGACCAGCCUGGCCAACGUGAUGAAACCCCACCUCUACUAAAAAUACAAAAAUUAGCUGGGUGUGGUGGUGCACACCUUUAAUCCCAGCUACUCAGGAGGAGGCUGAGGCAGGAGAAUCUCUGGAACCCAGGAGGCAGAGGUUGCAGUGAGCUGAGAUCCUGCCACUGCACUCCAGUCUGGGUGACAGAGUGAGACUCUGUCUCAAAAAAAAAGAAAAAAGAAAAAAAAUUACCUCCCUCAUUUUCUUUAUAAUAUUAUUGUGUAAAAUGAGUAAAAGUCUAUAAGAAAAACUUUGAAAAGUAUUAAGUAAUACACGUGUGUGUGUGUAUACAUAUACACAUAUAUAUAAUACAUAUACACAUAUAUAUAAUAUAUAUACACAUAUGCAAUGGAGUAAUGAAAAUACUACAUAAUAAAUAUAAAAUGGAUUAAAACUAUUUAAAAUAGAUGCAUGAAAUGGCUAAAUAGAUAUUGAUGUUUGCAUAUAGGCACAUUUAGUUGGAUUAAGUUAGAUUUAAAUGGUCCAAUAGAGAACUGUGCAUACAAUUACAUAGGCAACCGCAAAUCAACCCUUUCUCUGGGCUAUCUAAAAUAAUCAGGUACUAGACCAAAAAAUGACAUGUUGUCUGCCUUACCUUUUAGUGAUGAUUUGUAGGAAGAGGAAGGCAGGGGCUGGUGAGUGGAAAGGUAGUAGAGUUUGUGAGGGAAUGUUCUGUAUGACUGAAGACAAAGUCUGGAGAUUGGUGGGCCAGAAGGUGUGAAUCUACUCUGAAGGACAGGCAAGAGUCCAGCCCAGGGAAAAAGGUGCAGACGGGUAGGAUUUGGGUGGGUACUUGAAUUUAAAAAAUGGAUUUGUGAGGCAAUAUUGCUGGAGUCAAAACCAAAAAAUCAAAUUGACCAGGGUGAAAAAAUAGCCUGGGGCCUAGCAUGGCUCUGCUGCCACGUGGGAUGACUGGACCUCUUUCCAGGUUCGUGUUAACAGUCCAUACUACUUAUGGUAUACGUGAAAUGCUUUCUAUUCACUCAAGCAACCUUACUAAAAACACCCCAUGAAAAUAAAAGUCUAUAUCUUCCCUUCAAUAUACAUUCAUAUGUGCUUAUUAUAAGCAUAUAUCUUCCACUUUGAGUUUGGCAUUCUUUUUCAUUUAAUAUUAUUACCUAUUCAGCUUCCAACAUUAUCACUUCCUUACCACACACAUUUGUUUCCUAGGACUGCUGUUAACAAAUUGCCACAAAUGUAUGGCUUAAAACAACAGAAAUUUAUUAUCUCACAGAUCUGAAGGCCAGAAGUCAGCCAAAGCCUCUGCCUCUGAAGGCUGUAGGCAAGAUUCCUUCCUUGUUUCUUGCAGCUUCUGCUGGCUCUAAGUGUUCCCUGGCCUGCGACAGCAUCACUCCAAUCCCUGCCUCAAUCUUCGCUUGACCUUCUUCUGUACCUCUGUAUCUUCUCUGCCAAGGAUGCAUGUCAUUGAAUUUAAGAGCCACCCUAAUCCAGGAUGAUCUCAUCUUGAGGCCCUCAAUUACAUCAAGAUCCUUAUUCCAAAUAAUGUCACAUUCUGAGAUUUUAGGCAAACAUAUCUUUGGGGGGCCAAAAUUCAAUCCCCUAAUCCAUGUUAGUAACCAUGCAGUGUUCCUUCUUAUUUCUACGUUGACCUUUUCAGCUCUUUCUAUUAUUAUUUUUGAGAUGGAGUUUCAAUCUUGUUGCCCAGGCUGAAGUGCAAUGGUGCAAUCUUGGCUCACAGCAACCUCCGCCUCCUAGAUUCAAGCAAUUCUCCUGCCUCAGCCUCCCGAGUAGCCAGUAUGACAGGCAUGCGCUACCAUGCCCAGCUAAUUUUAUAUUUUUAGUAGAGGCAGGGUUUCACUAUGUUGGCCAGGCUGGUCUCAAACUCCUGAUCUCAGGUGAUCUGCCUUCCUCAGCCUCCCAAAGUGCUGGGAUUACAGGCAUGAGCCACCAUGCCUGGCCAGCUCUUUCUAACUAAAAAAAAAAAAAAAAAAAAAAAAAAAAAAAAAAAAAGAUGAUACUUGCAAAAUACCUCAAGUGUACCUCAUUUACCUCAAAUAUACCUCAUGGUCCAAAAGUAUUUAGUAAGCAAUAUACCAUUAUAGAAAAACACAUAGCUUGUGGCUCCAACUUUAAAACCAGAAUAACCAAGUGAAAAGUCAAUACAGAUUCUUAAUUUUACUUAAAAAAUCAAAGGUACACAUUGGGAAUUGAACUGCUAUGUUUUUUCUUCUUUCUAGAGAUGUGACGUACGUAUUUUCUGGUCAGUAAUAUUCUACCAAUGGUACUAAACCAAAGCAGGUAGAUGACCAGCGAUGCUGUUUACUACUUCCUGCGCAUGCUGAAUUAGAUGAGUGGAACACUAUCUCGGUAGGAAAGAGUUUGACAGGAAGAAGAAAUUGCAGAGUCACUACCCGUCCCAGAGAACCUAACAAACUGAUCUAUAUGGAAAGGAUUUUCAGCAAACAUGCACAAACACAGUUAAUAUGCUGGAAGAAGAGGAUAGCUUUUAGUCUAUUUCCAGCACAUUGCCUACACUCACUGGUACCCCAUAAAACAGGAAUGAAUGCAGACUUAGCAUUUUUCCCUUCACAGCACUAACAACUAAAAGGCACACAGAUAAUGUGAUCUUUAAGCAGAUAAUCAUGGAAUUCUCAACAUCAUAUCCACUAGGUUAGGCUGAGGGUUCAUCUAUAAAAGUAUUUUUCCAAAAAUAAUGCUUUAAAGAGACUUCUAGAAACAGUGGGACUGUAUCAGGAUCAACAGAAGACUUCUUGACCCAAAGAUUCAAAUACAGACCUAGGAAUUGAUUUUCACAUGUAGUUUUUAGGUAAAGGACAUCUCUUUCAGUUGAUUCCUACAGCCAAGACUAGCUUUGAUCCUGGGAGAUUCAGAAACCUCAAGACAGGUAGCUGGCUUGAGUAACAUCUUAGAUAACAGUCCCAGUCAAAAACCCCAUUGAGGUUGAAGGACUGGAAACUGACCUAUGUGAAAAAGAGCUAUCAGUGCAGGAAAAGACUCAUGCUGAUUUUGACCUUCCUCUGGCCCUUUGCCCUCAACUGCUUGGUGGGGAGUAGCGAGGAGAAGGAGCAUGUGGCACCCUCAUUGGAGGCUGGAGCACUGCUGCAGAAAGUGAUCUCUUACUCAUACUUCAAGACACAGCCUAAGUAUGACCACCUGUAUGGGCCCUUCCCUAAUGCCCAGGAUCAUGAAAAGAAUGUGGCCACCUUCCAAGGCUCAGAGUAGCUGCGCAAUGACCUAUGUCAAAACCCGAUCCAGAGCAGCAGUGAUGAAAUCACCCUCUCCUUUAAGACCUGGCAUUACAAUGGCCUCAUCCUGCAUGUGGGCAAGUCAGCUCUCUGAUGGAUGGUGUAAUCUCCUUGGUCAUUGACCUGAGGUCUGGGGCCUUUGAAGCUAUUGAGGAGGCAGUGAAUGGAGAAUUUGACAAUGCCUGGCAUGAUUGAGGGUGACACAUCAUGGCAGGUGAUGGCUGAGGAGACAGAAUGCCCAGAAGACUCAUCUUAGGUGGUUGAGUAGGAAGUUUGUGAAGCAGGUGGUGGGUGAGAUGGAGUGGGUAGAGAUUCAGGUAUGGAGAUGUCAGUGUCUAACUUUCUUCUAGUCUUUGCAAUUUCACAAGGAAAAUCACUAAAAUGUGCAUCUCCUCAUUAAAAAAAAAAAAAAAGUUCAUGCCAAAGCUGCUGGGACAAAGAGGACUCAUGAUAGUGGGUUAUUCCACACUGUUGACACACCGAAUGUGUGCGGCAGAAGGGCCUCAGGUGGAAUGCUGGGCAUGGGUUUGCCCCAGAGCAGUCUGAUUCAAAAGCACCUGAGAGAUGGGAGGAGUACCAGGGUUACUAAACACAAGAAGGUGUUUCAGGAGAAACAGGUCAAGCCAUUUGUUUUUGACCCUUAAUACGUAACAGGAAUGAUGAGUUGCAGAACAGUCAGUCUUUCCAAGAUGUAUUGUUCUAUCCUCAAUAGCUGCAGCCUCUCCAAGCCAGUGGGCUGGUGACAUCCAGGAUGAUCCUAUUCCUUGCCUGGAGGUGGGAUCUAGUGCCACAGCUUGUUCAGGGAAGCUGGCAUAGAAGACGAUUUGCUCAACAAAGUCACCGCUGAACUAUCGCUUAGGUCUAGUCCCCGGCCUAUGGCACCAAGUACUCCUGGUAGUACUUGUCCACAAAAUUUCUCUAUAAUAACCAGAACAUGUCAUCCAUGGUAAUGUCUACUAAAUAUCCAACCACAGCAUCAAAUUCUGUCUGAUGAAGGGCACCAGCCCCUUCAUCUUUAUCAUGCCUAAUAUUGUGAAGGCCACGUGCUAAAUCCAGCAAUCUGCUCCAAUAGCUGUCCUUCAGGAUACUUUUCUGUCAAGUAAAUACAUUUAUUAAAAAUAGGCAUGUAGCCAGGCGCAGUGGCUCACACCUGUAAUCGCAGUACUUUAGGAGGCUGAGGUGGGUGAAUCACGAGGUCAGGAGUUCGACACCAGCCUGGCCAACACGGCGAAACCCCAUCUCUACUAAAAAUACAAAAAAUUAACUGGGCGUGGUGGCGUGUGCCUGUAAUCUCAGCUACUCAAGAGGCUGAGGCAGGAGAAUUGCUUGAACCCAGGAGGCAGAGGUGGCAGUGAGCCGAGAUCGUGCGAUCAUGCCACUGCACUCCAGCCUGGGCGACAGCGUGAGACUGCAUCUCAAAAAAAAAAAAAAAAAAAAAAAAAUAGGCAUGUAAAAGUUGAUCUCAUGGAGGUAGCGAGUAGAAUGACAAUUACUAGAGGCUGGGCAGGGUGUGUACGUGGGUUGAAGAGGUGGCUUGAUGGACACAAAUAUAGAAGGAGUGUGAGUUCUAAUGCUUGAUAGCAGAAUAGGAUGACCAUUGUUAACACUGUAUUGUAUGUUUCAAAAUAGAAGAAAGGAUUUGAAAUGUUCUCAACACAUAGAAAUGAGAAAUACUCAAGGUCGUGGAUAUCCUGGAUACCCUGAGUUGAUCACUACACAUUUUAUGCAUGUAACGAAAUGUCACAUCUACUUCAAUAAUAUGUACAAAUAUUAUUUAUCAAAAAGCAGGCAUGUAGGUGAGUUGACUUUCUUCCAUGUCUUCAAACUCCUGGUAAUACUUGUCCACAAAAUUUCUCUAUAAUAACCGGAACAUGUCAUCCAUGAUAAUGUCUACUAAAUAUCCAAUCACAGCAUCAAAUUCUGUAUCAGAGGCAGAAGAGAAGGACAGCAUGAAGCUCGACUCCUCCAAGUGUCCUUUGGCUGGUGGCCCUCCACCCCGCCCACAGCCCGGCCAGCUCAGCCCCGUCUCUGUCCCAUACAGAGCCACAGCCACAGUGAGAGCCUGGCAGCCCACCCGGAGGAGGCUUCUUGGCCCAGCCCGGUCAACACCCACAUGCACCACCACCAACUUUUUGCUAUUUUGAAUAACAUAGCUCUAAACAGAUUGCAUAUGAAAGUGCUGUGAAAUCAAGGGCUGAGUAGAACAGUUAAGACGAUAGUAGUGUUGUUUUCUUUCUGGGUUUUUCUCUUGGGCUAGUUUUUGAAAGUGGAUCUACAACAUUGAUAGAGAUCAGUUUUUCUGCUCUUGCAACAUACUGCCAGGACGUGGUCCAGAAAGAUUGGGUACUUUGCAAUACUCAUAGCAAUAUGUGAAGUGAUUGGAAAAAAUGAGACUAUUCAACCGGUUGUUUCAGUGUUGGAUAGGAGGGAAAUGCCCAAAAAGGAGAACAGUUAAUCAUCUACACAAUACCAAGAGCAGGAGGGGAUGACCGACGGCUUCUUCUUUCCUAGUCUAUCCCACACAGACCUUUAGGUGCUCUUUUUCUUUUUCUUUUUUUUUGGAGACAGAGUUUCACACUGUCGCCCAGGCUGGAGUGCAAUGGCGCAAUCUCGGCUCACCACAACUUCCAUCUCCCAGGUUCAAGCGAUUCUCUUGCCUUAGCCUCCUGAGUAGCUGGGAUUACAGGCAUGCGCCACCACACCUGGCUAAUUUUUGUAUUUUUAGUAGAGACGGGGUUUCUCCAUGUUGGUCUGGCUGGUCUCGAACUCCCAACCUCAGGUGGUCCACCUGCCUCGGCCUUCCAAAGUGUUAGGAUUACAGGCGUUAGCCAUCGCACCUGGCUCUUUAGGUGCUCUUUUAGGAGCUGGUAGCGGAGGAAGGUGGCUACCCGUCUGUGACAAAGCCUUGGAUGUCAUGAGGCCACAGGCUGGCCUUUCCUCCUGUUUACAGGAGGUGAGUUUUCCUGAGUUCCCAGCCUCAGUGUUCUCUGCACAGUCUGUCACUGACUCCCGCUCCCGGUGCUUACUGCCUCUUCUCACUGCCUUGUUUCUGCUGGGUUCUUUGCAUCUGCCUGAUGUUGGUUUAAAGCUCCACCCCUCCCAGGGGAAUUUGUCCCACGAUUCACCUCCUCUUUGGUGAUCUCUUGAUUAUGGCUGCGCAACCAUGUAAACCUUAAAGGAGAGCCCAUUUGUUUGUGAUCCAGUGGCCAAAAUGGUUCACCCCCAACUUCCCUUAAUCCCCUGCAGCAUCUGAGACACAUGGGUGAAUGUAUGUAAGGUGCUUGGGCUAACCAAAGUUAAAUACAUACGACAAGUACCUGAAUCUAGAAAAUCUAAUGGUGAGAUAUCGUUUGCUCUCUGGACUUCAUGGGCUCACCGCAGCAAUGGGGUGCCUGGAAAUGAACAGAUCUUUCUUGUGUCUCAUCCUCUGGGCUCCCAGCCUCUCUCAACAUCAUGACCUCCAUCUGUAACACCCACCACCCUGGAGCAGCAUCCUGGAUAUUGGAACUCUCAAGUCUAAUCUAAGAGAACAAGGACAAGCCUCUGUAUGAAAGGUUUGCCCUUCCAGAUCCAGUUGAGCUCUGCUCUGGAGCCAGACUCUCUGAAGGCGUAGCCCAGCUCUAGCUCUUACCAGUUAUGUGAUCAGGAAUGAGAGUUAAUGUUUCUAUGUUUCUGAUUCUUCAUUUGUAAAAUGAGGAUAAUAAAAAUUUAACUUCA